GAAGGAACCAUUCUCUCUCUGACACACUAUUCCAAGAAUUUCUGGACUUCCCGGCUUGAUCAACUGCAACUUUGCUUAUAGCAGAACCAUGAAGUCAUCAGCCAUGAAAACAACCAUUCUCUCUGCCUUCUGCUUCGUAUCUAUCAGCUUUGUUGCAUGUUUGGACAAGAAAGAUGUGUAUGAGUCUCUCUGGACCGAGAACAUGGGUCUAGCGAACAGGACUCUGAAUCUGGAUUUCAUCCGGCGCAUGGAAGUCGGGGACCUGCCUGCGGACCGCUAUGUCAACUUCACCAUCCAAGACAUCAAUUACCUGGUUAAGGUGACGAAGAUGCUGAGGAAAGUCAGCAAUUCGGUGAAGGAACCUACUGACCUAAAAAAGUUCUUCCAGGGCAGAUUUCAAAGCUACAAGAGCUUCCGCGACUAUCUUCUGAGCAUAUACUUCCUUAAGAGUGCAUCUGACAUAAAAGCAACACCAGCCAUGAGGAAGUACCUGUCUGACUACGAGACCAUCAUGCACACCAAAGAGCCCAUCUAUUUUGCUGUGUCCCUCCUACCAUGCUCCCGACUAUGGGGGUGGCUCGCCAACCAAGUAAACAUUACGCAGACCAAUGCUUACUUUGCCUGGAAGAAGGACAACAUGGGCGGCCAUCCUGACCAGCACUACAAGGAGCUGCUCAACAAACAUCUUGACACACGCGACAAAGUAUCAGAAGCUGAACGCAUAUUUCGAAUGCAAAUGCAGAAUGAACACAACUUUUUUGAGUCUUCGUAA